GCCGCCUGCUGAGAACCUCAGAUACUGUCCCAGCUCUAGACUGGCUACCUCUGAGCUGCUAUGCUGUUCCCAGGGCUAUGUAGCCCACAGGCCACAGUUUCUACUGCACCCUCAGCGAGCAUUGCCAUGGAGGACUUUUUCCCAAGUGGCCAACAACGAGCAGAAGCCGGGCUGGCCUGCCCUGGUUUUCUGCAUGAUGUCAUCCAUUCAUCAUUGUGAGCUGACUGGCCAUCCCCCUGCGCUUGGCCAGCAGCCCAAGGCCAGCAGGGAAGAGAGGAAUCCCAGGACAAACGUGCAGCAGGACCCUGAGCAUGUGCAGAAAUGUUGUCAUCAGUUCCACACAGAACGCCUUGGUGGAAACCAAAGAAGCUAGUCCAAGUCACAAGAUCCUAUCCAACCUUCCCCGUCCUGAAUUCCUGGGAAGAACCCAGGGGCCUCUUGACUGCAGAAGGGGAACCCAACCCUGGCGUGAGCAUGGGCGUGGAGGAGGGGCUGCUCUGUCAAAUGAUUCACUCUCCAGAGUUCAACCUGUUUCCAGACUCAGUGAUGUUCGAAAGCAACUUUGUCCAGGUCAAAAGGGGCAGGAGCUGGACAGACAUCUACAAAGCCUGCAAUACCAUGGCCCUGGGAGUGACCUCCUCUGUGCCCUGCUUGCCCCUCCCCAACAUCCUGCUUAUGGCUAGUGUCAAGUGGCACCAGGGGCAGAGUCAGACUUGGAACAGACCAUCAAAAGCGCCAAACAUCAUGCUGAAGAGGAUCCUUCCCCUGAAGUUUGUGGAGCUGCAGGUCUGUGACCGCCUGCAGCGCAUCCUGAGGCUGAGGACGGUCACCGAGAAGAUCUACUACCUGAAGCUCCACCCCGACCACCCAGAGACCGUCUUCCACUUCUGGAUCCGACUGCUUCAGAUUCUGCAGGAGGGCCUGUCCAUCACCACCAAGGACCCUAGGAUUCCUGUCACUCACUGCUUGGUACCCAAGAACAACUGUGGCUCCUCCGGCGACGCUAAGGAACCCCAAGUGUCCCAGCCCAGCGAGAGCCUGCUGCAGCUGAUGGCCAAGGCCGAGAGUGAGGCCCUCUCUCAGAUUUUUGCCGACUUGCACCAGCAGAACCAGUUCAGUCCCAGGAGCAGCAAAAAAGUGGAGACCAAAAAGGAUGCCUCAGAGAAAGACACUUCCUAUGAAGACAGCAUUCCUUGCACCCGAGACCUCAGCUGGAGGGAGUCACUGACUUACGGAGAGUGGGAAAGAGAGAACCCCUCCGGGCCGCAGCCCCUCUCGCUCCUCAGCGCCCUCGCAGCCUCCACCUGGCCCCAGCUGGGCCCACCCACAGGAAGUUCCAUUUGAGCCCCAGAGAGUCUGUGCAGCCCUCGCUGAUGCCAUCAUGCUGCAGUGUUCCAUCUUCUGAGGGACCCUGGACGGCUGGAGGGGAGGACAAGGCCACAGCUCGGGGAAUGCUGGAAUUGCCUCCUGGGGGCAGCAGGGCCUUUUCUUCCUGCAGCAUACGUGUAGUCACCCUGGCCCUCCAGCUCCUCAC